CCCACAUACUUAACGUUUCUAUAUUUCUAUUUGAAUUCGACUGGACAGUUCCAUUUGAAUUAUUUCUCUCUCUCUCUCUCUCUCUCUCUCUCUCUCUGACACAUUUUAUCUUGCCAGGUUCUAAACCUUUAGGAAAAAUGGAGCAAUUUCCAAAGGAAACCGUUGUGGAGAGCAGUGGGCCAAAGGUUUUGGAAACAGCAGAAGAGAUCCAGGAGAGGCGUCAGGAAGUGUUGACUCGGUAUCAAAGUUUCAAGGAGCGGGUCGCUGAGAGGGGUCAGAAGCUUGAGGAUUCCUAUCACUUACAAGUUUUCAAGCGAGAUGCAGAUGAUCUGGGGAAGUGGAUCAUGGAGAAAGUCAAUAUUUUAACCGAUAAGAGCUAUGAAGACCCAACUAAUAUACAGGGGAAAUAUCAGAAGCAUCAAUCCCUUGAAGCAGAGGUGCAAACAAAAUCAAGACUCAUGUCUGAACUGGAAAAAACAAGGGAAGAACGAUUUACUAUGGGUCAUUCUGCCCACGAAGAAACGAAGGCCCACAUAGAGGAGCUACGCCGCCUGUGGGACCUGCUGUUAGAGCUGACCCUGGAGAAGGGUGCCCUGUUGCUGCGGGCCCUGAAGUUCCAGCAGUAUGUACAGGAGUGUGCUGACAUCUUAGAAUGGAUUGGAGACAAGGAGGCUAUAGCGACAUCAGUGGAGCUAGGUGAAGACUGGGAGCGCACCGAAGUUCUGCAUAAGAAAUUUGAAGACUUCCAAGUGGAGCUGGUAGCUAAAGAAGGGAGAGUUGUUGAAGUGAACCAAUAUGCCAAUGAGUGUGCUGAGGAAAACCAUCCUGACCUACCCUUAAUUCAGUCUAAGCAAAAUGAGGUGAAUGCUGCCUGGGAGCGCCUUCGUGGUUUGGCUCUCCAGAGACAGAAAGCUCUGUCCAAUGCUGCAGACUUACAACGAUUCAAAAGGGAUGUGACUGAAGCCAUCCAGUGGAUCAAGGAGAAGGAACCUGUACUCACCUCCGAGGACUAUGGCAAAGACCUUGUUGCCUCUGAAGGACUAUUUCACAGUCACAAGGGACUUGAGAGAAAUCUUGCAGUCAUGAGUGACAAGGUGAAGGAGUUAUGUGCUAAAGCAGAGAAGCUGACACUUUCCCAUCCUUCAGAUGCACCUCAGAUCCAGGAGAUGAAAGAAGAUCUGGUCGCCAGCUGGGAGCAUAUUCGUGCCCUGGCCACCAGCAGAUAUGAAAAACUGCAGGCUACUUAUUGGUACCAUCGAUUCUCAUCUGACUUUGAUGAACUCUCAGGCUGGAUGAACGAGAAGACUGCUGCGAUCAAUGCUGAUGAGCUGCCAACAGAUGUGGCUGGUGGAGAAGUUCUACUGGACAGGCAUCAGCAGCAUAAGCAUGAGAUUGACUCUUACAAUGACCGAUUUGAAUCUGCUCGUGAGACUGGUCAAGACCUCCUGAAUGCCAAUCAUGAAGCCUCCGAUGAAGUUCGGGAAAAGAUGGAAAUACUUACCAAAAACUGGGCUGCCCUGCUGGAACUGUGGAACAAGCGUCAUCAUCAGUAUGAGCAGUGCUUGGACUUUCAUCUCUUCUACAGAGACAGUGAGCAAGUGGACAGUUGGAUGAGUAGACAAGAGGCCUUCCUGGAAAACGAGGAUCUGGGAAACUCACUGGGCAGUGCAGAAGCCCUUCUUCAGAAGCAUGAAGACUUUGAGGAAGCCUUUACUGCCCAGGAAGAGAAGAUCACAACUGUAGACAAGACUGCAACCAAAUUGAUUGGUGAUAACCAUUAUGAUUCAGACAACAUCGAGGCUAUCUGUGACGGGCUGUUAGCCCGGCGGGAUGCCCUACGUGAAAAGGCUGCCACUAGACAUAGAUUGCUGAAGGAGUCAUUGCUUCUGCAAAAACUGUAUGAGGACUCAGAUGACCUAAAGAACUGGAUCAACAAGAAGAAAAAGUUGGCAGAUGAUGAAGAUUACAAGGACAUACAGAACUUGAAGAGUAGGGUUCAAAAGCAGCAAGUCUUUGAAAAGGAGUUGGAAGUUAAUAAGACCCUGCUGGAAAACAUACAGAAAACUGGCCAAGAGAUGAUUGAGGGUGGUCACUAUGCCUCUGACAAUGUGACCACUCGUCUGAGUGAAGUUGUCAGCCUCUGGAAGGAGUUGAUGGAGGCUACAGAACAGAAAGGGACCCAGUUGCAUGAGGCCAACCAGCAGCUGCAAUUUGAAAAUAAUGCAGAAGAUUUGCAGCACUGGCUGGAGGAUGUUGAGUGGCAAGUCACCUCUGAGGAUUAUGGGAAAGGCCUGGCCGAUGUACAGAAUCGACUCAGGAAACACGGCCUCCUGGAGUCGGCUGUGGCUGCUCGUCAGGAUCAGGUGGAUACCCUUACAGACCUGGCUGCAUAUUUUGAAGAAAUAGGCCAUCCUGAUUCUAAGGAUAUAAGGGCAAGGCAGGAGUCGUUGGUAUGCCGAUUUGAAGCUCUGAAAGAGCCACUGGCCACCCGAAAGAAGAAUCUCUUAGACCGUCUCCAUCUGCAGCUAAUUUGUAGAGACACAGAGGAUGAGGAGGCCUGGAUCCAAGAGACUGAACCCUCAGCUACUUCCACCUACCUUGGAAAGGACCUGAUUGCUUCCAAAAAGCUUCUGAAUAGGCACAGAGUCAUCCUGGAGAACAUUGCCAGCCAUGAACCACGCAUUCAAGAGAUAACAGAAAGGGGAAACAAGAUGGUAGAGGAAGGACACUUUGCUGCAGAAGAUGUGGCCUCUAGGGUCAAGAGUUUGAACCAGAAUAUGGAGUCUCUCUGUGCUCGAGCUGCUAGGCGACAAAAUAAUCUUGAAGCCAAUGUCCAGUUCCAGCAGUACCUGGCUGACCUGCAUGAAGCAGAAACAUGGAUCAGAGAGAAGGAGCCUAUUGUAGAUAAUACUAACUAUGGGGCUGAUGAAGAAGCAGCUGGGGCUCUUCUAAAGAAGCAUGAGGCCUUUCUAUUAGAUCUCAAUUCAUUUGGAGACAGUAUGAAAGCUCUACGGAAUCAGGCAAACGCCUGCCAGCAACAACAGGCUGCACCAGUGGAGGGAGCUGCUGGAGAACAAAGGGUCAUGGCUUUAUAUGACUUCCAGGCCCGCAGCCCCCGAGAAGUCACCAUGAAGAAAGGUGAUGUCUUAACGCUGCUCAGUUCCAUCAAUAAGGACUGGUGGAAGGUGGAAGCUGCUGAUCAUCAGGGCAUUGUCCCAGCUGUCUAUGUCAGAAGACUGGCCCACGAUGAGUUCCCGAUGCUCCCACAGCGGCGACGAGAAGAGCCAGGCAACAUCACCCAGCGCCAGGAGCAGAUUGAGAACCAAUACCGCUCCCUCUUGGAUCGGGCAGAAGAACGCAGGCGUCGUCUAUUGCAACGUUAUAAUGAAUUUUUAUUGGCCUAUGAGGCAGGAGACAUGCUGGAAUGGAUUCAAGAGAAAAAGGCAGAAAACACUGGAGUGGAACUAGAUGAUGUUUGGGAGCUGCAGAAAAAGUUUGAUGAGUUCCAAAAGGAUUUGAAUACCAAUGAGCCUCGGCUAAGGGAUAUCAACAAGGUAGCUGAUGAUCUACUGUUUGAAGGACUUCUAACACCAGAAGGAGCUCAAAUCCGGCAGGAAUUGAAUGCCCGCUGGGGUUCUUUGCAGAGGCUUGCAGAUGAACAGCGGCAGCUGCUGGGCAGUGCCCAUGCUGUUGAAGUGUUUCACAGAGAAGCAGAUGACACGAAGGAGCAGAUUGAGAAGAAAUGCCAGGCCCUCAGUGCUGCAGACCCUGGCUCAGAUCUGUUCAGUGUUCAGGCUCUUCAGCGACGGCAUGAGGGCUUUGAAAGGGACCUCGUACCCCUGGGAGAUAAGGUGACCAUACUGGGGGAGACAGCAGAGCGGCUCAGUGAGUCCCAUCCAGAUGCCACUGAGGACCUGCAGAGACAGAAAAUGGAGCUGAAUGAGGCCUGGGAAGACCUGCAGGGACGUACAAAGGAUCGUAAGGAGAGCCUAAAUGAGGCCCAGAAAUUCUACCUGUUCCUCAGCAAGGCCAGGGAUCUGCAGAACUGGAUCAGUAACAUUGGUGGCAUGGUAUCAUCACAGGAGCUGGCCGAAGACUUAACUGGCAUAGAGAUCUUGCUGGAGAGACAUCAGGAGCACCAUGCUGACAUGGAGGCAAAGGCUCCCACCUUCCAGGCCUUAGAGGACUUCAGUGCAGAACUUAUCGACAGUGGGCACCAUGCUAGCCCUGAAAUUGAAAAAAAGCUUCAAGCUGUCAAGCUAGAGAGAGAUGAUUUGGAGAAGGCUUGGGAACAACGCAAGAAGAUCCUAGACCAGUGCCUGGAGUUGCAGAUGUUCCAGGGGAACUGUGAUCAAGUUGAGAGCUGGAUGGUGGCACGUGAGAAUUCCCUGAGGUCAGAUGACAAAGGUUCCUUAGACAGUCUGGAGGCCUUGAUGAAGAAACGGGAAGAUUUGGACAAAGCAAUCACUGCCCAGGAAGGGAAGAUCACUGACCUAGAACAUUUUGCUGAGAGCCUCAUUGCUGAUGAACACUAUGCCAAAGAAGAGAUUGCUACUCGGCUGCAACGUGUACUAGACAGGUGGAAGGCUCUCAAAGCACAACUGAUUGAUGAGCGGACAAAGCUUGGAGACUAUGCCGACCUAAAACAAUUCUACCAAAACCUUGAGGAGCUGGAAGAAUGGAUCAGUGAGAUGCUGCCCACAGCCUGUGAUGAAUCCUACAAAGACCCCACUAACAUUCAGAGGAAAUACCUGAAACACCAGACCUUUGCAAAUGAAGUCGAUGGCCGAUCUAAGCAGGUGCAUGACGUCAUCAACCUGGGGAACUCCCUGAUUGAGCGUAGCGCUUGUGAUGGCAAUGAAGAGGCCAUGAAGGAGCAACUGGAACGGCUGAAGGAACAUUGGGAUCAUCUGCUUGAGAGAACAAAUGACAAAGGGCAGAAGCUCAAUGAGGCCAGUCGUCAGCAGAGGUUCAACACAAGCAUCCGGGACUUUGAGUUCUGGCUCUCAGAGGCAGAGACAUUGCUGGCCAUGAAAGAUCAGGCCAGGGACUUGGCUUCAGCAGGAAACCUACUCAAGAAGCAUCAGCUAUUGGAGACAGAGAUGUUGGCUCGAGAGGAUGCACUCAAGGACCUGAAUACAUUGGCUGAAGAUUUGCUCUCCAGCGGGACUUUCAACGUUGAUCAGAUUAUGGAGAAAAAAGAUAAUGUCAACAAGCGUUUCCUGAAUGUCCAAGAAUUGGCAGCUGCACACCAUGAAAAAUUGAAAGAGGCCUAUGCCUUGUUCCAGUUCUUCCAGGAUCUAGAUGAUGAGGAAUCCUGGAUAGAGGAGAAGUUGAUACGAGUGAGCUCCCAGGACUAUGGGAGAGAUCUUCAGGGCGUUCAGAACUUGCUGAAGAAGCACAAACGCCUAGAGGGGGAGCUGGUGGCACAUGAGCCUGCCAUCCAGAAUGUGCUGGAUAUGGCAGAGAAGCUGAAAGACAAGGCUGCUGUGGGGCAAGAGGAGAUCCAGUUGCGGCUGGCUCAGUUUGUUGAACACUGGGAGAAGCUCAAAGAGUUGGCCAAGGCCCGAGGACUUAAGUUGGAAGAAUCCCUAGAAUACUUGCAAUUCAUGCAGAAUGCUGAGGAAGAGGAAGCUUGGAUCAAUGAAAAGAAUGCUUUGGCUGUCCGAGGAGAUUCUGGAGAUACAUUAGCUGCUACUCAGAGCUUGCUAAUGAAGCAUGAAGCUUUGGAAAAUGACUUUGCUGUCCAUGAGACCCGAGUACAAAAUGUGUGUGCACAAGGAGAAGACAUCCUAAAUAAGGUGUUGCAGGAGGAAAGUCAGAACAAAGAGAUUUCUUCCAAGAUAGAGGCUCUGAAUGAAAAGACCCCUUCUCUGGCCAAGGCAAUAGCUGCUUGGAAGUUGCAAUUGGAAGACGAUUAUGCCUUUCAGGAAUUCAACUGGAAGGCUGAUGUGGUAGAGGCUUGGAUAGCUGAUAAGGAAACAAGCCUAAAGACCAAUGGCAAUGGUGCAGACCUUGGUGACUUCCUCACUCUCCUGGCGAAACAGGACACUCUGGAUGCCAGUCUGCAGAGUUUCCAGCAAGAGAGACUUCCCGAGAUCACCGACCUGAAGGACAAACUGAUUUCUGCUCAACACAACCAGUCUAAAGCCAUUGAAGAGCGUUAUGCCGCUCUGCUGAAGCGCUGGGAACAGUUGCUGGAAGCCUCGGCAGUCCACAGACAGAAAUUGCUGGAGAAACAGCUGCCUCUACAGAAGGCUGAGGACCUGUUCGUGGAAUUUGCACAUAAGGCUUCAGCUUUGAACAACUGGUGUGAAAAGAUGGAAGAAAACUUGUCAGAGCCUGUGCACUGUGUCUCCCUGAAUGAAAUUCGGCAGCUGCAGAAAGACCAUGAGGACUUCUUGGCCUCCCUGGCUGGGGCUCAAGCAGACUUUAAAUGUUUGCUGGAGCUAGACCAGCAGAUUAAGGCCUUAGGUGUGCCUUCCAGCCCUUAUACCUGGUUAACAGUGGAGGUGCUGGAAAGGACCUGGAAGCACCUAUCUGACAUCAUUGAGGAACGGGAGCAGGAGCUGCAAAAGGAAGAGGCAAGACAGGUCAAGAACUUUGAGAUGUGUCAGGAGUUUGAACAGAAUGCCAGUACCUUCCUUCAAUGGAUCCUGGAAACCAGAUCAUUGCUCAAAGAAACAGGAACUCUGGAAUCUCAGCUGGAAGCAAAUAAAAGAAAACAGAAGGAGAUCCAGGCGAUGAAGCGUCAACUAACCAAGAUUGUGGACCUGGGGGACAACUUGGAAGACGCUCUGAUCCUUGAUAUCAAAUACAGCACCAUUGGAUUGGCUCAGCAGUGGGACCAGCUCUACCAGCUUGGGUUGCGGAUGCAACACAACCUGGAGCAACAGAUCCAGGCCAAGGACACCAAAGGUGUGAGUGAAGAGACCCUAAAGGAGUUUAGCACAAUCUAUAAACACUUUGAUGAGAAUUUGACAGGGCGCCUGACUCACAAAGAGUUCCGGUCCUGCCUGAGAGGACUCAAUUACUACUUGCCCAUGGUGGAGGAGGAUGAACAUGAGCCCAAGUUUGAGAAGUUCCUGGAUGCUGUGGAUCCAGGGAGGAAGGGCUAUGUCUCACUGGAGGACUAUACUGCUUUCCUGAUUGACAAGGAGUCAGAAAACAUCAAGUCCAGUGAUGAAAUAGAGAAUGCCUUCCAAGCCCUGGCGGAGGGCAAGUCAUAUAUUACCAAAGAAGACAUGAAGCAGGCCCUUACCCCAGAGCAAGUGUCAUUCUGUGCCACACAUAUGCAGCAAUAUAUGGACCCACGGGGUCGAAGCCAUCUCUCUGGCUAUGACUACGUUGGCUUCACCAAUUCCUGCUUUGGCAACUAAUAAGCAGCUCCUCGUGGAUCGUAGAAAAUCUUAGUGUCGUGGGAAAUUUACUGAGGGGUAAAGAGUACAGGCAAAUGUGGAAGAUAAAGAUGGCCUCGUGUGUGUGUGUGUGUGUGCUUGUGUUUGUGUGCAUAUUACAUUUAUUGUAGGAUCUUAAAAAAUCUCAAGGGUGCGAGAUAGAAAGGUUAAUAGAGUUGGAGGAGUGGAAGCUAUUUUGUAUGCAACUAGUCACUGCUGAGGGGUGUCAAAGUUUCUAUUUUUAUUUGUUCUGUUUUGCAUGUCUUUAUCAUUUUGCUUUAUUUCGAUUAUGGAAUAAAGUAAUUCUUUUUAAAAAUAUUUUUUGGGGCAAAGUUAAGUAAAAUGUUGAGCUUCUAUAUUUCUGGGAACUGUACUCAUAUAAGAGUGGGCAGCUAAUUUUACUGUAAAGAAGGGCCAUGGUAUAGUAGAUAAAUAAAAUCCAAGGCAAUUUUCAAAUAAUUUUUUUAAACUUUGGAAUGUGUUUAAAUUUAAAUUUGAAAAUAAAGAUAUUUGAUUUUCUGGGGAA